AUGUCCGAGACCAGCAACCGCCACAGUCAGCUCGUGGGCGUUAUCGGGCCCACUGGAUUCGGAGGGUCAUACCUGACAGCUGAACUGAUCCGCCGGGGGCAUACCGUCGUCGGUAUAUCGCGCAGUCCCCAGUCUUUCGGCGCCCAUGAACAAUACAGACCACGUCCGCUGGACAUUGAAGCAUCCACGGUUAUUCAGUUGGCAGAUGCCUUCAGCGAUCUUGAUACUCUGGUCAGCGAAUACGGACCCCACACGCAGGGUGCGGACGCACUACAGUACAUGCCCUAUAUUGAAGUUGUCCGCAAACUGAUUAUCGCGGUCAAACUCGCGUCCGUCAAGUACUUUGUAUUUGUAGGCGGCGCCGGUAGCCUGGUGGUGCCCGGAACCCACGAGUCAUUGGCUGAUUACCCAGGCUUCUUCUCAGCGUAUCGCAAACAGAUUGCCGAAAGCGAUGCACAUGUCUGCUAUAUGGAGGAGCGUUUAGGCCCGCUCGGGGCGCCUCUACGAUCCUACCGCAAUGCACGUCUAGCAGAGAAGUCCGGCACCGCCACGGCGGCUGAUAUCGACACGAUAAGGACGUACGAGGAGACCAUUCGGAAGAGUGACCGGGCCUCGGAUUAUAUCAAAGCUGGGAGGGCGAGUCUUUUGUUCUUUGAGGGGAAUACAUCCUUUACAUGGACGUUUGUCUCGCCUAGUCCGCUGUACAGGCCUGGCCCACGGACUGGACGAUAUGAGGUUACGCUAGAUUAUCUUCCUCUGAAGGGCGAGCAAAAAGGACAGGAGUUUUUAGAUGGCCGCUUGACGGGAAUUUCGGCAGCAGAUUUGGGUAUCGCUAUUGCUGACGAGAUUGAGAAUCGCCAGCUAAUCCAUAAGCAUUGGACUGCCUCCGGGGACUUGUCGGACGACACGCUUUACCCCAGCUACGUAACUGCAAGAGAUAUAUAA